AGCGUGAGGGUGACGUUGACUUGUGCGAGGACCGGCUUGCCCGCAGAAUCGCAGGCGCAUUUCCACGGUAUCGCACGCGCAUUUCCGCGGUAUCGCAGGCGCAUAUCCGCGGCUAUGGCGGCUAUGGCGGCAGCUUCGUCCUCACUGAGGACCAGCCACGUGGCAACCUGUGGCGCGGCCGCGGCCAGCGCGACGAAUGCAACGGCAGACCAGCCACAACAACAUCGGGGGGAGUUGGGGGGGGAGGGAUCGGGCGCAGUCUUGCGCACGUCGCUGCGGUUAUCCAGAGAUGAUGAGAGCGCCGCACAGUGUGCGGCAUUCUCUGCAUCUGCUGAUGGUAGGAUUGCCGGCUGGUCGACGUCCCGAUCGCGGCAGCUGCCCCCCCUAGGUACCGGUGAACGACACGUGGCAGCGGCAUCUUGUCGUCGAAGGUCGGUCAUCGUUUGUGCGGCAAGGCCAAGGCGUGGUGGUCGUUUUAUUCUUUACGAAACCCCGGAUGUGUAUGUGCUUCUCCUCCCUGGGAAGGACGAAGUGUUUGUCAAUCGAGAUGAGCUAUACGAGGAGCUGAGCAAAGUUCUGCGCAACUGGCCAGAGUCGCAGCUGCCAGACGACCUUGAGAGAUUCAACGACAUUGACAAAGCGGUCUCAUUCCUGAUCAAGAAUGCUUGUGAGCUGUGUCUGGGUGGAGGACUGGGAACCGUCCAGUGACGAGCGAAAAUGAGUUUGUUUUUUUUGAAAGAAACGAUCCAAGUCAUUGGCCAGAGCAUUGGGAUAACCAGCCUGAGUGAUGAGGCGGCAGCUGUGCUGGCGCCAGAUGUCGAGUAUCGAGUGCGAGAGAUCAUACAAGAGGCCAUCAAAUGUAUGCGGCAUUCGAAACGCUGUUCUCUAUCAACUGAUGAUGUCAACAGCGCACUGUGCCUGCGAAAUGUGGAGCCCCUGUACGGGUUCUCCGGAGGAGGUGACCCCCUCCGGUUCCGCCGUGCGAUCGGGCAUCCAGAUCUCUACUACAUCGAGGACAGGGAGAUGAGCAUAAAGGAGAUAAUCUCAGAGGCUCCUCUUCCGAAAUGCCCGGUGGAGACAUCGGUGGGCGCACAUUGGUUUGCGUGCAAUGGAGUUCAACCUGCCAUCCCAGAGAAUGCUCCCAUCGUGCUUCCGUCGAAUGCGAAAAUGAUGGACUCUCCUCCUGUGGGUGGGAUGAACGGUAAGGAUGACACAUCUUCGAUGACCGAAAUCAAGCUGCCGGUUCGGCAUGUCCUGUCCAGAGAGCUUCAGUUGUAUCGGGAGAAAGUGCAAGAGCUGAUAAUGGCGAAAGCGGACAAGCGUCUGCUCUCUGCUGUGUACAGCAGCCUUGCAACAGGCGCAGGGUUGCAUCAGCUUGCGCCUUACUUCACACAGUUUGUUGCGGACAAGGUGAAACAACACUUGGAUGAUGUUCCGCUCAUCUUUUCUUUGAUGAGAUUUGUCCGCAGCCUGCUCCUCAAUCCCCAUAUCCAGAUAGAGACUUACCUCCAUCAGCUCAUGUCACCCGUCUUAACAAGUCUGGUCGUCAAGCGGCUUGGCGGGAAAUCGUCGAUGGCCGAUCACUGGGAGCUCCGUGACUUCAGCGCCAAGCUUGUCGGUUUCAUCUGCCGUCGAUUUGGUCGAUCAUACCAGAACCUGCAACCGAGGAUAAUGAAGACCCUUGUCCAUGCGUGUCUGGAUCCGAAGAAGGGGAUGACGCAACACUAUGGAGCUAUUAAAGGGCUGAGCGCGCUCGGAAAUCGAGUGGUCGAACUCGUGUUGCUGCCGACCGUGGGUGCAUAUCUUGAGGCCCUCUUUCCAGAAAUGGAUAGCGUCAAACAACAGAAUGAGCUGAAGCGGUACGAGGCGUGGCGGUGCUAUGGAGCGCUGCUGUAUGCAUGUGGUUCCUGCAUGUACAGCAGGCUGAAGUCUUGCCCGCUGUUGCUGCAGUUGCUUGCAUCUGGGACGCAGCAGCUGCGACCAUCUGCUAAAGUCAGAACGACAUGUCUAAAACCAGCAGCAGCACAAGAACCAGCUCCUGAAGCAGUCUAUGUUGCAUCACGAGCGCGUCGCGUGACGGGUGCGAAAGCUUUUAGUAGCAAAAAGAGACCUCGUGACGAUGACACAUCAACUCCUUCCGGCAGUCAAUUGAAGAAGCGAGCGAUGUCAGCGAACAAAAGAAUGGGGGGACGUAGGGCAGGGCUUCUUGAAAUGUUCCCUUUGUUGGAAGGGGAAUCCCCUGUAGUUCGAUCACAAGCUGUCGGUGAAAAUUCAUCUGAUUUCCCUGGAAAGAACAGGUGUGAGGAGGCCAUACGGACUACUACGGGCUUGUCACAUAUACCAUCAGGUGGGGAUAGAUCUGCAGCAGCAGCUGAUCGGAAGUCGCGAUCAGCUGACCUGCCACAAUUGGGUGAACCCCAACCGCGACAAGCAGUUGAGCCCCCAGAACUAGGCAACCCUUCACAGCCGUUUGAAACCCGAGAACCAGCCACACCCCCUCAAGGGCUUCAACCACUUGAAACCCCCCAGAUAGUCGAACCUCCGCGAGACGUUGAGCCAGCACAACAAAUGGAACCCCCGGAAACUCCCAACACGCUACAGCCAGUCGAACCCCUGCGGGUAAUUGAAAUUGUUCCUCCGGGUGCAAGUGUCGAGCCCUCCCAGCAACCUUCCCUCAGCGACAACCCCGGCCGGCCGGGCGCCACUGGAGAAGGGGAGGGCGAUGAUGUGGCUAUGGAGGAAAAAGACAACACUAUCUUCAACGAAGUGAAGCAGGGCAAUGCCGACAACAAACAAGGCAUUAGGACUGGGUCCGGAGGCGUUGUUGCCCAGGGCGACGCCGCUGGAAUCCCGGGAGGAGGGAAAGGAGAGGAAGUCCAUGACCGCGGCUCUUUCCUGGAGACGGAGGCUGAUGAUGUCACAUCGGCAGAAGCACACAGGGAAGGAGUUUGUUCGCAGGCGGCACAGCAGUCCUCACUGCUGCAAGUAGAUGGUGCAAGCACAGGGGAGGGCAAGAAAGAGGUAGAUGCCCUUGAGGCAGGGCUGCCACAGAAGGAAGGCAUUAGUGAACCGACAAGCGAUGUGCUGAUAUGCAGGGAGGGGGAGGAUGGUGCCGACAUGCCACUAUCGAAUACGGAGGGGGAGGAGGAGGAGGAGGAGGUAGAGGGAAAACUAAGACCCAUGAGAGCGACUCGGGAGGAGAGGAAAGCAGGGGAUUGGGACGGUGAAAAGCGGGAGGCAGAAGAGAGUACAGUUGCAAAGGCCGGAAAUCCUCUACAGCGCCGGGAUGAAGACGGGAAUGCCAUGGUAAUGGACGGAUUGCAAGGGGAUGAUGACGCGAUGGAGGUGGACGUGACUGAAUCGGGCUCUUCGGAAAAGGUGGAGGAUGGUGGCAAUACUGCUGUGAAGGAGCUCGAGAAAGGUAAUCGACAAGAAGCAGCCGCCAUACCCGACGUAGCGAUGACCUGUAGUGUAAGUGGUACGCAGGAACCUUCUGGGCAAAGGACGGCAGGAGCAGAUGAAACUUCAGCGGAAGAUGCAAGAAAUGUGUUGCCGAGUCGUGACGGUGGGGGUGCUAACGAAAUACCACGGGAAGUGGAGGGCUUGCCUGCACACUGGAGAAGGGAUUCUGCAGCUGCGGCUGGAAGGAGUCGGCAAUCGGGGAAGCAAUCAGGGCAGCAACAGAGCGAGACGGGUGGGAGCAAACUUCCUGAGAAAGAGCAGACGGGUGAGAGUAGAGAGGAGGUUGUUAGGUGGAAAAGUGUGCUGGAGGAAGCUUGGAAAGAGGAUUCUGACACUGGUGUUAUUCUCUCAUCAUUGGUUGAUGUGUUUGGGGAGAGCAUGCUUGUGUAUGUACCAUUACCAGUCAUGUCUUUGUUCAUUUAGAAACGCGACUCUCAUCUCAGCUCUGUUCAGAAAAGGGGGGUUCCUUCAACCUGAUUUACCGAUUUC